AUGCAACUCGCAAAACCUCCUGUACUCUUAAAACCUCUUGACGGAGAAGAAUUAGGAAUAUAUUUGGCUGUCACGGAACAUGCAGUAAGUGUCGUACUGAUCAGAGAAGAGAACAAUAUCCAACAUUCGGUCUACUACAUCAGCAAAAGACUCAAUGAAGCUGAAGGCCGGUAUCCAUUGAUAGAAAAGCUCACCUAUUGCCUAAUCCUAGCAACAAGGAAGCUAUGGCCUUACUUUCAGGCUCAUCCUGUUCGAGAGUACCCUGACCAACCAUUGCAUAAAGUAUUACAAAAACCGGACGCCUUUGGACAGUUUCUCAAGUGGGCAGUGGAGUUGGGUCAAUAUGAAGUCAUCUUUCAGCCCCGAACAACGAUCAAGGGUCAGGCCUUAGCACAUUUUGUGGCUGAGUGUACAGACGGUUCGGCUACGGAUCAGCUGUCUGACGCAAGAAUUUCCCUUGUCACACCUGGGGGCCAGUACGUGCACGCUGCAGACAAAUUCGGAUUUAAGGCAUCCAACAAUGAAGCUGAAUAUGAAGCUCUUAUCACCGGACUAAGACUUGCUCAGGAAUUGCAAGUCGAACACAUUGAGUUCUGUAGAAACUGGCCAGAGGAACUACCUGAAGUACUAUGGUCAUAUCGCACAACGGAGAAAGCAGCGACCGGACAGACUCCAUUUGCCAUACCAUAUGGUUAUGAAGCUAUGUUUCCCGUAGAACUCGAACCACCAUCCCACAAAAGAUUGACAUACAACCAAGAAGUUAAUCAUGCACUCCUUGUAGAAUCACUUGAUGAAGUUGAAGAAAAACGAAUCGCAGCAAACUUGAAAUUGAUAGCCCAUCAACAAAAAGUAGCUCGGUAUUUUAACAAACAAGUGAGAGCACAGAAGUUCUUUGUGGGAGAUAUGGUCCUGAGAAGAGUAUUUUUGAACACCAAAGACAGUAUGGCAGGUGUGCUCGGACCAAACUGGGAAGGGCCAUAUCAGGUGAUCGAAGUUCUAGAAUUAGGAGCAUACAAACUGGGUAAGUAUGACGAAAAAAGGCAACUCGUUCUAGUAACAAGGUAUUGGAACCGGGAACACUUAAGAAAAUACUACGAGUAA